CCGUCCGUCUUCUUUCCUGGAAGGAGGAAUCAGCCAAUGUCCUCUGGCGGAGGGAGAGCCACACACGAACAGGCGAACCGGCGGCCGCAGCAGGCUACCGCUUGUCCGCUACCGGGCAAACGUUACCGUGUUUCGGACCCUUUAACCGGGAGUUAAGACAUUAAACCGGAUGCCUCUAUGAUCCAGCUAACCUCACAGCGAGAUAUACAGUGUUCAGUUUGCACAAGAGGUGAGCCAUGGCUGAACCAAACUCCUCCCGCCCCCAAAGGAAGAUGUCCACCGCUGGGGAGAGCGUGUACAAGGUGCUAGGGCUGGAGAAAGGAGCCUCAGCUGAGGACAUCAAGAAAGCAUACAGAAAGCUAGCGCUGAAGUACCACCCAGACAAGAACCCAGACAACCCGGAGGCAGCGGAGAAGUUUAAGGAGAUUAACAACGCCAACUCUAUUUUAAAUGAUGAGACCAAGAGGAAGAUUUAUGAUGAAUAUGGCUCCAUGGGCCUUUAUGUGUCUGAACAGUUUGGAGAGGAAAGCGUCAAAUAUUACUUCCUCAUGUCCAAAUGGUGGUUUAAGGGUCUGGUACUGUGCUGUACGUUGUUCACCUGCUGCUGCUGUUGCUGCUGCUGUUGUUUCUGCUGCGGGAAGUGUAAACCACCCGACGACGAUGAAAACUACCAGUACGUCGACCCUGAAGACCUGGAGGCUCAAAUCAAAGCAGAGCAGGACGGAGGUAACACAGUAAUCAUAGGCCAGCCCACAUCUAAUCUGGGUCCAGAAACCCCAGAAGGCCAGAGUAAGCCCAUCCCCCUGCCCAUGCCCAUGCCCAUGCCUCCACCUGAGCCCCAGUCGCCGACCUCAGCCAAUCCAGCAGGGGCAGAAAACCCCGGAGAGACCUUACCAGAGUCAAAAUGACUCGAAAGUGACGGUGUGGACGAGCCUCAACUUGCAGAAGCAGCCUUUCGAGCCCUUAUUAUGACCCAGCCACAUUCGACUGCUGCCAGAGAUCCAGAGACCCAGAGAUCAACCAGCCCAAAGCCACCAGCCAGCCCAGGCCCUCGCCUCAAUCCUCAACCCCCCUUCGACUCGAUCUACCCACCGGACAACACCUGCAAGGUGGGCACUUAAUGGCUCUUGGGCCCCCUCCAUGGAAGGGGGAGGGGUAUUCAUGUAAAUUAAACGACUAGCUGGGCUCUGGCAAUGCUAAGACCCUCACUGAAAAUUUCAUGCCAACUAGUAAAUACAAGGCAACUCAGCCGUUCUCCGAUGAGUCGCCUCUCUCCUUCCAGCUUGCCAUAGUCCAAACCUGGGCUGGAUGUGACCUCGGUAGCAGUCCAGUUAUCCCGGGCCAGGCUCAGCAACAUACCUGAGCUCCUUACUAAUCUGUUCCGGUCAUCCCAUUCCAGCCAGUAAGGAUGUGACACUGGGCGGGAAGAUGGCAAAAAACAGGGGAAUAUGAGGGCGAAAGAACAUGAAGGAAAGGUGAUCCUCAUUGUUUAUCCGUUAUCCAGACCAGGACUGGAAUUAUCUUUCUUAUCUCUCUCAUCCCUCCUCAUCUCCCUCUGUUAAAACACUUCUUCCCCUUUUACUUGUUUUGGAUUUGAUCUCCAAAAAGAAAGCCACGAUCGUUGGUGGUAAAGUAACUCCUUUAUGGAAUUGGACGCCAUUUUCGAUGUGUAAAAAUCAUCAGAAGCCAGCAACAAAACAUGAGGUGUGGAAUACCCUUUUUUCCCUCUUCUUCUUCCUCCUGUCUUCUUUCAAGAAACCAUCGCCUUCAGUUACAUGUUGUGUCACUGCCCUCUAACGUUCAUCCUUUCACCCCUAACUCUUGAUGCCAAGUGUGGUGGAUUAAAGUUUUAAAAUUGGGUCACGACCACAUUUCACAUGAACGCACAAUCUGAAGGGGGAAGAGCAAAGGAGUUGCAAAGCGACUGCAGGACUGACACUCACAGAUUAUGUCUUGUUUAAACGUCUGAGCCAAAACCUGGAGGUAGAAGAAUUCAGAUCAGGAGUCGAGGCUUAACUUCCCCAGUGUGCAUGCAUUUUUAUCCGGAUGCAUGCCCCCCCUCUACCUGUACAGCACUGGAACCCACAACCACAGAACAUAGAAGAACUGCUUGGCCUAACCUUACAGACAUGCAAACUCUGGUUACACACAUCCUGUAUACAAACACACACCUGUACCAGCCCUUAUGUCAUCGUGUGCCACCCUCGGCUUUAAAAAAAUACAAACAAACAAAAAAAUAUAUAACCCCCGGCAUUAUCUAUAUCUAAAAUGGACGACAACAAAUGCCAUACAGUGGAAAACAAACGAAGCGUUGAAGUUAUAACGCAGAAAAGACUUUAAAUUGAUUAUGUUUUGUCAGAUCUACAUUACUGCGCUCCGUCUUUUGUUGCAGAGUUUUUUCGUAGACCAAAGCUAACAGCUCCAUGUAGCUAGCCAACCAACCCACGAUGAGUCAGGUCGAGGCUGAUAGUCUCUGGAAAUGCCAUUUUGCUCUGUAAGCCACCGUUCUGUUUGUCAAAGUUGUUUGUAUAAUAUGCAUUUAGGUCUAUGCACCUUGUGAAGCGAGUCGGUUGCCAUUUCAUAUGAGUAUCUUUUUUUUUUUUUUUUUUGGGGUUGCAGAUCUUUUAUUGUACUUCUUUUGCUUCCAGAACUACAUCAACUUUUAAGUUACUUGAUUGUUUAUAACCUCAGGUCCAGAUUCACUAAGACUGCAUUACAAGGGCAAUCUCCUAAUUUGAUUGCAUUGAGGUUUUUGAGUUUUUCAUUUAAUUCACAGAAUGUUUUGUUCAUUUGAACAGACGCAGCUCUGAGAAAGCAAUCAGCCAUCUUUAUUGGAGAUUUUAAGUGGAGGACUAAUCCAUUACGUCCUGUAUCUUCGCACUGUAAAUCUCCUUCCUCACUCAUCUUUCUUGAAUUUCAAUCCUUUUCUUUUUCUCCCUGAUUUCAUGGUGACAGUGCUGUGCCUUGAACAAUAACUGCAGCAGUGACUGAACAGAUAAACCUGUAAAUGUGCACAAGUAUUUUGUAGCUGUUCCUUGUCUUUACAUCAGAUUACGUACAUGACCGUAACUGGUUAUUCAUUAGCUUUUUUCAUUGUAUAUUUUUUGGUGAUUUGCGUGGUUCCCUCACUUGCUGAUUUUGGUUGAUAAUUGCUCUUCCCUGUGCAAAACUUUAGUGAAUCUGGAUCGGCAUUUGGUGUCUCUGCUCCUUGAAGUGCACGGCGAUCACAGCCAGAGUUUUCUUCCUACUACGGGUGUGCACUGAAGGUUUAAGUUGGUUUUAUCUGACAUUUUCCCUUUUCAGUUUGGGUUUGGUUAGAGAGGAGUAUUCACCCAUCAGUCAUGGGUCAUUUGUCGACAUGGUCAACUUUGUCUCAUGCGAAAAAUGUCUGUCAUGACCAAGGUUCGUCUUCAGAUGUCCAAUCAAUUGUCCACAAGUUAAAGAGACUUGGGCCCUGUUCAUACCUGGUUUUAACAAGUACCUUAAGUGACCUGAUCACAAGUGGUCACUCAAGAUCAGAUCACCCGUGUUAACACCAGGUAUGAACAGGAUGUUAGUUUAUUAUCAUGUGACUCAAAUGAUUGACCAAUCAUUGUUGCUGUUAAAUUUUCUGUCAACACCUUGUUACAGCUCCAGUGAACCUUUACACAGGGACACUAGAGGUCAGCUGUUACCAGGGUUCCAGUUGGUGCAGCAUGGUACUGAAUUUUGAGGGCUGUUAAGAGUCUUCUUAACCCAAAGCCACGUUUAUUUUCCCCUCAGUUUUAAUUAAAUCAUAUUAGUUUGCUGCUCUAAUUCACCACGGCUGUGUUCCAUUUAAAGUCAGAAGUCAACUUCGGGUGCAAAAACAAGGAAGGAAACCCUUGAUUUUGUCUCUUCCCACUGACUGUUUACUGUGCCAAGAGUCAACAUCAUGUGGACAGUACUCAGUAAUAUUAACUCUAAUUGAUUUAACGCACUUUACAUCUGGAACAUAAGCAUUAUUAAUCUUGUAAUAUAACUUUGGCGAGCAUUUGUGCCACCUUAACAUCAUUUAACGUACUUUAGGGUUCAGCCAAUUUCACUCCACCUUUCAUGUUAUUAAUUCAUUUCUAAUUUGUUGACUUGCCUGGAACGAAGGAUAAAGAGUUUACGUGUCUUGUGACAUGAAACUGAAGAAUUCUCAUGUCUGCUCUAACUGCAGAUAAAAGUAGUCGAGCCAAAUUUGCCUAUCAAAGGGUGUUUUCUAAAGGAAUAAUUAGACAUUUUGGGAAAUAUGUUGAAAAUAACCUGCUGCCAUCGGACUGAACCAGGCUAGCUGUUUUCCCUUAUUUCCAGUCUUUGUGCUAAGCUAAGCUAAUCACCUUCUGGCUGUAGCUUCAUAUUUACUGCACAGACCUGAGGGUGGUAUCAAUCCUCUCAUCUAACUCUCAGCAAGAAAGAAAAUAAUUUCUCAAAAUGUCUAACUAGUAAGUCAGUUAUUUGAAAAGAAAAAGGUCUCGUCCUUGGAACAUUUGGCUGCCAUGAGUUAUUAGGUCCCUUUUAAUUCAAUCAAAUCUUUAAAGGUGCUCUAUGUAAGUUUUUGCUAACGCUACCUAGCUGGUGUUAGCAUCAGCCUAUGCAGACUGGACGCUACAGUGACUCACUAUUACAAAGUUGUAUUAUUAGACGGGAUGGGCUGGGGCUAGCUGGUUAGCAUGCUAACUUCAGUAGAGGAAGAGAAGCAAUAGAAAUAGAAACAAAACAAGUUAACAUUGGUGUUGAAACAGCUCUCUGUGUGUAAAGGAAUAAAUUUUGAUCCUGAACUCGAAACAUUUCUUCUAGACUGGUAAUUAAACAGCUGUUAAUGCUAACGUUGGCUAUGUUGCGUUAGCACAAACAUCCAAAUUGCACCUGUAACGUUUUGUUUGAGCCAUGUGAAAGUCGAUAAGUUGAUAUGCUUUGGAGAGUUAUUGUCCAGUGUGGAGUUUUGUUACUUGUAGGUAAAUAUUUGUGGUUUUUAAAUGAAAUGUUUUCCUUUUCUAAUGACGGAGUGAAAAUUAAAGGUUAAUCUUUUUUUGUCUUUCCCACAUGAUAAAUAAAAUCCAUAGUGUGUCUGUCUAUGAAAUGCACUGUUACACUAAGAUUAAACUCAUUUCUCAGCUGCUAAAACUCUUCAACAAUGCCUGGUGAACUGCAAUAAACUAAUGUAGACCUACAUGUAGGACCAGCAACCAAGCUCUUUGUUUCCUUUUUUUAAAAUUACAACAACAAACAUCUCCAUUACACUAUACUGGCUCUGUCUUUGAUGGAAUUUACAUAUCAGCUCUUAUUUCUCAGUGGAACGCUCUGCAAACUUUUUUUUUUUUUUUAACAUCAAUAGCCAAAACAUAUUUGUAAUUUCAAGAGUGUCUCGUAACAUUUCAGGUAUUUAGUUCUUUUAAAACAAACCACUUCAGUAUAAAAGAAGCUGUGGAGCACUGAAAAGAGACAUGCUAUUUAUUAUUAUUUUUUAAAUUGUUGUAAAUAACUCACAAAACGGCAAAAUAACUGACAAAAUUCCUCAUUGUUAAUGGACAUGUUUUAUGGAUUAAUGUCUGUUUAAACAGUGUACAUGCAUUUUUUUAUUUUCAUUUUUUAUUUAUAUUACACAGAAAAACCAUAACUUAUAUGUAAUAUUACUAAAAGUGACGAUGGUGGGAGGUCAACUUUUAAAUGAGGAGCGCAGACUCUAAAGUUGUGUGUGUGUGUGUGUAUGUGUGUGUCUACUUUAAAUCUGGCUGAAAUGCUCCAUGCUAACCUUUUAGCAUACACUGCGUUAAGUGAACAUUAUGCUAAUGUAUGCUAAAAACAGUUAGCGUGGAGCUAACGUUCCUCCUGGGAUAGAUGGAUGAUGAAGGUUUCCAGCGGUACAAUCUACCAAAAUUGCUGUUUUUCUUUAAAGAGUGUCAAGAAAAUAUUAACAUGAGGAAGAAAUUUUAUCAUUGUAGUUUUUUGUUUUUUGUUUUGGGGCGUGUCUCUGUUGUAGUUCCCUGUGGACGACCUGUAAAUCAGUUAUUCUGAAAUUCAACCAAAUAAAAAAAACGGGGAUUUUAUAA